CCACGUCACCAUCAUCAUUAUCAGAAGAUUCAGAACGCAUUAAGUCCUUACCAAUUAGACGAAAUAUGCGGUACUGAGCGGCCAUGGAAGUGGUGGCGUUUCCGUAUCACCACCGUACGGCUCCGCCGAGUUUACAACCAAAUCAGACCGGAAAUUCAUUAGUAAACCGGAAUGGACUUACUCUACGAUUCAGCAACGUUAGAAUGAGAAAAUUGACGUACGACGGAACGACCUUAGCGGAGAAAUCAAGAGCAAGAACACUAACGACGGUAGAAGCAGUUUCCGGCGGCGGAGUUUCGCUUCCGCCCCUAGAUUUGACGGAGGAUAAUAUCCGUCUGGUCCUAUCCGAAGCUCGCAUCGAGCUCGCACAGCUCUUCGAUUUAUCGGUUGGGAUAACAGGACAAGUAGAGUUAGUGGAACUAGACGGACCGUUCGUUAAGAUAAGUCUAAGAGGCAAGUUUUGGCACACACGUGCAAUGAUUCUAGCUCGAAUUGGAAACUACUUGAAACAGAGAAUCCCUGAGAUUCUUGAAGUUGAGAUCGAAGAUGAGAAGCAACUCGAUGAUAGUCCUGCAAAUUUCUAAACUUUUUUUACUUGAAAUUAGUAUCGAUCUUUCUUGCCUAAUGUGUAACAGAUGUUUAUAGAGUUGUUGAAGCUUGGUGACAAAUCUAAAUAUCGAUUUGUAUUUGUAGCAAAGAAUAUCAUUUCUAGAAGCCCAAA